CCCUGGAGCUGAGCAGCCUGGCAACGGCGGUGGCGCCGGGAGCCCAAGAGUUUCCAUUAUGGCCUCUGCAUCAACUUCUAAGUAUAAUUCACACUCCUUGGAGAAUGAAUCCAUUAAGAGGGCAUCUCAAGAUGGAGUGAAUCGGGAUCUCAGUGAGACUGUUCCUAGACUCCCAGGAGAAAUGCUAAUUACUGACAAAGAAGUUAUUUACAUAUGUCCUUUCAAUGGCCCCAUUAAGGGAAGAGUUUACAUCACAAAUUAUCGUCUUUAUUUAAGAAGUUUGGAAAUGGAUUCUGCUCUAAUACUUGAUGUUCCUCUGGGUGUGAUCUCAAGAAUUGAAAAAAUGGGAGGCGCGACAAGUAGAGGAGAAAAUUCCUAUGGUCUAGAUAUUACUUGUAAAGAUAUGAGAAACCUGAGGUUUGCUUUGAAACAGGAAGGCCACAGCAGAAGAGAUAUGUUUGAGAUCCUCACAAGAUUCGCCUUUCCUCUGGCCCACAGUCUGCCAUUAUUUGCAUUUUUAAAUGAAGAGAAGUUUAAUGUGGAUGGGUGGACUGUUUAUAAUCCAGUGGAAGAAUACAGAAGGCAGGGCUUGCCCAAUCACCAGUGGAGGAUAACUUUUAUUAAUAAAUGUUAUGAGCUCUGUGAUACUUACCCUGCUCUUUUGGUGGUUCCCUAUCGUGCCUCAGAUGAAGACCUCAGGAGGGUUGCAACUUUUAGAUCCCGAAAUCGAAUUCCAGUGCUGUCAUGGAUUCAUCCAGAAAACAAGACGGUCAUUGUGCGUUGCAGUCAGCCUCUUGUUGGUAUGAGUGGUAAACGAAAUAAAGAUGAUGAGAAAUAUCUCGAUGUGAUCAGGGAAACUAAUAGACAGAUUUCUAAACUCACAAUCUAUGAUGCAAGACCCAGUGUUAAUGCAGUGGCCAACAAGGCAACAGGAGGAGGAUAUGAAAGUGAUGAUGCAUAUCAUAACAUAGAACUUUCCUUCUUAGACAUUCAUAAUAUUCAUGUUAUGCGGGAAUCUUUAAAAAAAGUGAAAGACAUUGUUUAUCCUAACGUAGAAGAAUCUCAUUGGUUGUCCAGUUUGGAGUCUACUCAUUGGUUGGAACAUAUCAAGCUUGUUCUGACAGGAGCCAUUCAAGUUGCAGACAAAGUUUCUUCAGGGAAGAGUUCAGUGCUUGUGCACUGCAGUGACGGAUGGGACAGGACCGCUCAGCUGACAUCCCUGGCCAUGCUGAUGUUGGAUAGCUACUACAGGAGCAUCGAAGGCUUUGAAAUACUGGUACAAAAAGAGUGGAUAAGUUUUGGACAUAAAUUUGCAUCUAGAAUAGGUCAUGGUGAUAAAAACCACGCUGAUGCUGACCGAUCUCCUAUUUUUCUUCAGUUUAUUGAUUGUGUAUGGCAGAUGUCAAAACAGUUCCCUACAGCUUUUGAAUUCAAUGAACAGUUUUUGAUUACAAUUUUGGAUCAUCUGUACAGUUGCCGAUUUGGUACUUUCCUAUUCAACUGUGAAUCUGCUCGAGAAAGACAGAAAGUUACAGAAAGAACAGUUUCUUUAUGGUCACUAAUCAACGUCAAUAAAGAAAAAUUCAAAAACCCCUUCUACACAAAAGAAAUCAAUCGAGUUUUAUAUCCAGUUGCCAGCAUGCGUCACUUGGAACUCUGGGUAAAUUACUACAUUAGAUGGAACCCCAGAAUCAAGCAACAACAGCCGAAUCCAGUGGAGCAGCGUUACAUGGAGCUCUUGGCCUUGCGUGAUGAUUACAUAAAGCGGCUUGAGGAAUUGCAGCUUGCCAAUUCUGCCAAGCUUUCUGAUCCCCCAACAUCACCGUCCAGUCCUUCACAAAUGAUGUCCCAUGUGCAGACUCACUUCUGAGGGGGAACCCUGCUGGCACUGCCUUUGAGCUCUGAAUAAAGGAAUUAGUUGACUUUCAUUUUGGGCAUCUGUACAAAUAGAUUUAAAUAUUUGCCUCCAGGUAGAACUUAAACUAACAUUAUCUUAAACUCUUGAAUAUGUGCCUUCUAGAAUACAUAUUACAAGAAACUACAGUGUCUACAUGGCAAUCAGAAGAAAGCCAAGAGGAGGAAAAUCUGGAAAAUGCUGACACCUUUAAAAAGCAGUUUUUGAAAGAUAAAAUUUAAAUUUAAUACCUUUAUAGAAAUGCUACAUAUACAAUAUGUAUUUUUGAUACAUAAGAUACAUAUACAAUAUGUAUCUUAAUUGAGACAACAUUAUUUUCAGUCAGAGAGAGAGAGAGAUUUGUGAAAUGGAUUUUCCUCAGACUUCUUAGAAUAGUUGCUUUGGAUUAUCCAAAAUGAAUCCAAAUAUGAAAGAUGGGUAUACUGCCAAAACCAAAUUGAGCUCAGCUUCCGCAGUAUUAUUCAAAAGUAAGGUGUUUAAAUAAUUGCCAACUUUUAUAUCAUCAUAAAUGGUGAAUUAAGAAGAAAUAGCUAUGUAGAUGAUUUUUCCUUAUUCUGAAAUUUUGAAAUAUUAAAGGUUUUCCCCUAAUUUUCAGGAGAAGUGUAUUUUUAUAUUUAAAAAACUAGUGGGACCCAUUAAAUAUGAUUUGAUUUUUCCUUUACUUUGCCAGUUCUAUUUUCUAAAUUCUUUCAUGAGCUUGCCUAAAAUUCUGAAAUGGUUUUCAAGUUGUGGAAAAUCCUAUAUAGAACUCUAUUUAAGGAUGCCAGGUGCAUUCUGCUGCUUUAGGUGAAUAUUUCAGCAAACGUGGCUCUAGUAAAUGCAGCUUAUUUGCCAAAAUGUAGGUUCACCAUCUUGGAUAUAUAAGCUACUACUAGAGCAUCAUUCUUUGAGAUAAAUGCCCCAGAUGUACAUUUGUUGAGCGUAUUCUUCAAAGUAUUAUGUUUAUGUAUUUUGGUUUAAAUGGUGUUGGGUUUCCCUCCCCGCAAGUGUGCAUAAAAACUGGUUCUACAAAUUUUUACUUGAAGUACCGGGAAGUUUGCUUUUUCAGUUUUUUUGUUUUGUUUUGUUUUAUUGUAUUAAGUAAAAUUUUAAAUGCGCAGUUCUAUUUGAUAUAUGAACUAAUUCAUUUAGUAAGUAUAUUUGUAAAAGCUAAAGCUAGAGAUAAAACAAUAAGUUUUACAAUGAUUUGUAAAGGACUAUUUAUACCUAAUAUGGUUUUGUUUUCAAUGAAUUAAGAUAAGAGAUUAAAUAUAUCUUUGUAAAUUAUUUUAUGUCAUAGCUUAAUUGGUCUACCAAAUAAGACAUCUCAAAUAUAGUGGUAUAAUGUAUGAAUUUUGUAAGUAUAAGCAAUUUUAUUAGACAUUCUCCUGCUUUUUGUAAACGCUGUAAAUAUUUCAUAAAUUAACAAAGUGUCACUCCAUACAAAGAAGAAAGCUAAUACUAAUGGCUUAAAGGAUAUUGUGAAAUUUCAUGAAAACAUUUUCAUGGCAAAAAAAAUGACUAAAGACCUGCUGUA